AUGGUGUCUUGGUUGGUUAUUGUGGAAAUGCAAAAGGAUAUAGAGUUUGAAAUCCUCAAACCAACAAGGUUGUUUCCAGCAGAGAUGCUAAAGUUGAUGAGAACUCUUCAUGGAACUAGGAGCUUUACCAAAGAAGGAGAAGAAGAUAAAGUGUAUUUACUAAAGAAAGCCUUAUAUGAUUUGAAGCAGGCGCCAAGGAGUUGGUACAGUAGAAUUGACAGUCAUCUCAGCAGCCUUGGUUUCAACAAGAGUGUUAAUGAGCAAACAUUGUAUAUCAAACCAGUAGAGGAGGAUCUGCUCAUUAUUUUACUCUAUAUAGAUGAUCUCUUAAUCACAGGAAGUAAUGCAGCUUUGAUUGAUGAGAUAAAAGAUGAAUUAAAGACGGAUUUUGAGAUGACUGAUCUAGGUGAAAUGAAAUAUUUCCUUGGAAUGGAGGUUAAUCAAACUGAAGAUGCCCAAAAUUCAAAGCUAAUAAAGGAUGAUGGUGCAAAGAAAACUGAAGAAAAGGUUUAUAGGAGCUUGGUUGGAUGCUUGCUCUACCUAACAGCCACAAGACCAGACCUGAUGUUUGCUAUUAAUCUGCUAUCUAGAUUCAGUCAAGAGCCAAGUGAAAUUCAUUUCCAAGUUGCAAAAAGAGUGCUGAGUGAUUGGGCCGGUUCUGCUAAUGACAUGAAGAGUACUUCAAGCUAUACUUUCUAUAAUGGUUCAAGUCUUGUCUGCUGGAACUCUAUCAAACAAAAAAUGGUGGCUCAAUCCACAGCUGAAGCAGAGUAUAUAGAGCAACUGAGGCAACUAAUCAAGCAAUUUGGCUGA